AUGAUUGGGAGAAAUCUAUUAGCGCUUCAAACACGGGCAGUUUCUUCAAAGUAUCCGCGACCAACUCCACGACAUUACAAGUAAGUAAACAUAUGAAAAAUGUCAAUAAUAAUUCAAUUUUCCAGACGCCGACUUUUCGAAGCCGCUCUUCAACCAGAAGUGCCGCAAAUUCAGAAAACAUGUGUCAGUCCAGAUUUCGCCUAUCGUCAAAAAAUUGAGGAGAGCAAAAAAUAUUCAGAAGUCGAGUUGGCUUUGGCAAAUUUAGUGAAACAAUGGUUGACAAAUGGGGAAUUUCGAGUUAUGGCUGUUUGCCAAUUUUUGCCAGUUCCUGGAAGAACUUUGUGGUUUGCCAAGAAUCAAUUGCGAUCAAAGAAUAUCGAAUUUAGAAAUUAUGGAAAUAAGAUUCUCAAAAAAGUGUUUGAAGGUAAGAAUUUGAGGAAACAUCUAGUCCACAGCUACAUGCUCGAAUAAUGGACUAUCAAAGUAUCAAAGUGAUAGAAAAUAACUUUAUAUUUCUUUUCAGGAACUCCAAUGUCAUCACUGGAUGUUGUUCUCGUUGGAUCCAAUGCGAUUUUGUUGGGCAAAGAUUUGAGUGCAAUUAAAAGUAUUAUUCAAGAAGCUGAUAAAUUGAAUUGGUUGGAACCACUUGGUGAGUUGGGCAAGGACUAUGGUAAUCGAAAAAAGUCUAUCUAAAAUUAAACAAAUUUUAAAUCUUUUAAAUGUUCUGGAAUUUUUCAAUUUGGAUAAAAAGCAGUUUGUGGUCAUUUUAUUCGAGCAGAGCUAGCGUGGACCACAAGCGCACCUAACUUUUUUCCUAACUUUCAGAACCUCAACCAUUUGUAAAUUCAAAAUUUUCACUUUCACCAACAUCAAAAAUUCUAUAUUUUUCAGUAAUAAUGGCUGACAAUCGAAUUCUUUCAAUGGAAUUCGCCCGUAAUUUGUCCAAACUUACAUCUCUCGAAGAUCUCCGCGUCGAAACAUCACAAAUUCUCGGACAACAAACCGCUCAAUUCAGUCAAACUCUCGAUCAAGCAACACGACAAUUAUCAGGAUUAUUGGAUGUAUAUCAACAACAGAAAUAA